UUUUUCAACAAUGACUAGUGUUGGCAAUGCUGGUUUAAGAAACAUUAAUGCUGAUUGUAGAUCGUAGCUUGUGUGACUAUGUUGGCCUAAAAAAUAAGUUAAUUUAAAAAUAGAUUUUUGUCAUUCUUAAAUACCGGUAAAUCAAAUUCCUAUUAGCAUGUGGGUGGGGUUUACCCAUACAGUACCAGUAAAUAUGCGUUCUAAACACCCAGCUUUAAUACCCGUUUUUAACAGGGAUUAAACUGCAACAUAUCACAACUAAAAGUUAGAAAUAGCAUAUGUUACAUACUAGUCAGCACAGGUCAAUUAUUAUGUCAUAUUUCCUUUAAAAGGGGACUCUUUUUACAGCGGUUAAUGAAUAAUGAAAACCUACAUCAUGCUGUUGCUAGGUAGGUUACUGAAAGACAGUUUCUGUUUUUUUUCAUUGGCAGACUAUCUCCCACCUCCUUUUUUUUGAUAGGCUGACUGUGUAAUUCCACCUGCUGGAUCUAGCUCGCUGUGCGGUCCUCGGAGCUGCCAGUAGCUUCAGUGUCUCGCGUCUGCGGUAGUUGAGAAACUUCACCGGGUUCCGGGUUUGUUUUGUUUAUUUUUGUUUUUUUAAGUUUAACAAAAUUCGUUAACGUCCCCCCCCUCCCCCAUAAGUCUGUCAACCAUGGCUAUUUUGAUGGAGCACCAGUUUAAGCAGCUUCCGGCUGACAAACAAGUGGAUACGAGAUCGUUCCUGGAGUCGGUGUCUCACAUUCCGCCAUUCUUUGAUUGUCUGGGAUCCGCAGUUUUUUCACCAAUCAAAUCAGAUAUAGUGGGUAAUAUUACCAAAAUCAAAGCAGUUUACGACACAAACCCCACUAAGUUUAAAACUCUACAGCAGAUCCUGGAGGCAGAGAAGGAGAUGCACGGAACUCAGUGGCCCAAAGUCGGAGCUACGCUAGCAUUAAUGUGGCUGAAAAGGGGUCUGAAGUUUAUCCAGGUCCUGCUGCAGAGCAUCGCGGACGGGGAGAGGGACGAAGCCAACCCCAAUCUCAUCCGGGUCAACGCCACUAAAGCCUACGAAUUGGCACUGAAGAAAUACCACGGCUGGCUGGUGCAAAAGAUCUUCCAUGCAGCUCUCUAUGCUGCCCCCUACAAGUCUGAUUUCCUGAAGGCGCUGUCCAAGGGACGGGAAGUCAAGGAAGAGGAUUGUCUGGAGAAGAUCCGCCAGUUUCUCAUCAACUUCACGCCCACCAUCGACGCGAUCUACGUGAUGUACACCAAAAUGAACGCUGAGCUGGACUACAAAGCCUGACCUCUGGCCUCCCACCAGGACACUUGGAUCCCUUUUUAUCUUCAUCCUGCCUUCGUCUCAAGAGCAAUUACGUUGUGUCAUUAACUCCUAGACUUUACCCUGUCACCUCCCAAAGCUCCCGCUUGUGAAUGUAAAGGAGACUAGCUGACAUCACAGAACACCGUGUUUCCAACACCAGCGACAGGAAUCUAAGGGUCAUCCUGGAGCUGCUGUGGUCUCAGUUUCUGAAGGUCUCAGACUGGUUUCUUGCAUUAAAAAGAAGAAAGCAAAUGCAUUGUGCCUAUAGGCAGCUCUAGCUGGAAGAGAGUGGAGGUUGUAGUUUAUGCAGUGUCGUGUGCCUUAUUUAGUUCAAAGUGUCGCCUACUAAAAAAAAAAAAAAAAAACUCUAGGAGGCCCUGUGUGCAUAUUUGGGCUUUUUUUUAAGUUACAAAAGCAUUGCUUUUAUGUAUACUAGAAAUUGGACUGCGGACGUCUCUUUGCUAUUGUGCAAUUAAAAAGUCUCACAGAUCUAGCAGGGAUAAAAGAGCUCCCGUUGCAUAUUAGCCUGAGCAGUUGCAGGUUUACAAUACAUUACGCUUAAUUAGAUAAGCUUGGGAUGGCGUCAUGCGCGAUUCCUGCUAAGGGCCGUGCUUUAAUGAUCCAAACGGCAAGAGACCGCUGCUGUUAAGGGUGUUGAUAUAGGACCCUUUCUUUUUGUUCUUGGUGCAAAUCCAGUAGUAACAGCAUGUUCUUCACAAAGGAAUGAACCCAUUGGCCUGAACGUGAUACUCUGGAUAAUUGCAGGCAAGUUGCCUGUAUGUCUUCUAACCACAGUUCAGAGCUCAUAGUAAAUCCUGCAACGGCUCAAGCUGCUGUGCAAUCGGAGUGUUGUUUCCGAUCUAAAUGAUUGCACUGAGAAGGUGGCAGGUGACUGGGUAGCUCCAAGCACUGAUAAAAUAAAGACUGCUGUAUUAAGUAGCCUUGAGUUAGGAAGUAUAGAAUUGAUAACUCGCAGUCCGCAGAUUUCUGUUUUUGUGUGUGGGAUUGGCUGGUAAUAGAUGGACACAAGGAAGUCAUGCAAUAUACCAGAGGCUGAACCAGGAGUACCAGCCUUCCAGCCUCUGCAGAUGCUUUAUUUGAAUAUCUGACUGUUGCUUGAAACACUGGAUGAUUGUUUUAAUUAAAGAACUCUCUGCUCAACGGCCUGCAGGGAUGCUCUUUCAGGGAAGGCUGUGUAGAUCUGUGUGCAUUUUCAAGUGGACACCUUUCCAAGAACAUUUGCCUUUAUUCUCUCAAGAGUUUGUUUUCAGAAAUGUAUGUUACUGUUAGAGAAGCAAUGUUUUGUUUUUUUUAAUUAUUAUUCUUAUUGUUAUAUUCUGGUGUGCUGUACGCAGUUGAAGGGGAAAGUUAUGGGUCUCAAGGAAAACAAAUGAAAUAAUGUGUGUCAGUUCAAGUUCCACAUGCAGGGUUCUUCUCUGUGUUCAAUAAGAAGCCUACCAUGCUACAACCACAGUGCUGGCAUUAACACGCAAGUGCCUCUUUAUGAAGAACUAGGAUUAGGUUGAUAUCGCUACAGUAGAGAUUUAAAUGUAUUGCUGUGCUCUGUUUUAUCAUUGCGUUUUGUUUUUAAAUUACAAAAAGUACAGAUAUUCGAAUGUGAGGAAGGCACAUUUUAAUCUGGGCUGGGAAACGUAUAGGAUUCCCAUGUAAGUAAUGAGUUUCUUAUCAGACCUUGGGAUCAGUUCAGUGGCUCUCAUCCAUGGCCGCUGUAAAUGCCACCAUCGUUUAAAUCACUGAAAUCAUGGUGGUAUUUCUUUUUUUUCAUAUUUCUACUGACCUCAAUAAACCAAAUUUCCUCUAAACACAAUUCAUCUUUCAUUAAUAACAUGCAGUAAGGAAAGUGUGCAGCAUGCAGUGUAGGGUGUGUGCUCUUCAUCACCUUGGUAGAUGAAGCAUUAUUGAAACACUGUUUAAAUCCUCCAAUGUUUCGAUCGUUUGAAUAGACCCCAUUGUCUUCAGUAAGGUUAGUGUUGAUGUAAACCCAUUCUUUUUUUGAAUGCUGUUCGGCAUCUUGAACAGGAGCUGAUUUAUAAGACUGGCUGAAGGUGUCUUAUUUUUCUGCUGUUUUUUGUCGCUGUUGUUGUUUUAACCAGACUGGCAUGAUGCUUGUAAAUAUAGAUUUUAUGCAUAGAUUUUAAAGCCAAUCACAGUGAAACACCAAACACACUAUGGGGGUCUAUGUUAAUGAUUCAAACAGUUAUGUUUUAUAAUAUAUCCGUGUUUUACAACACUGGAGAUUCGUUGCCCCCAUUUUUAACAUCUCCAACUAUCCUUCAAAUACACAGUAAACAGAAGGUUCCUUUUUUAUGGCAGCAAUAUUUUGGUAAAUCAUAAACUCAAUUAGAGGUGAAUGAUUGCCCUACAUUCUGGAGGCUUGAUUACUUCUUAUUGAGUAUAAUUGAAUGCUCAUACUAAUUCCCUGAAUCGUACCCCUAAAAAUGAAAUCUAUAAUGAUGCUCAAUCACCAUUUAUAGGUGGGUCUAUGAACAGAGCAGCGCUGGAAAUCACAACCGGUUUCAGAGGAUUCUUGUUGAAAGAUCACACUGAAGAUGCUUUUGUAAGAGUCCUAUUGCAACUUCCAUUAAUAACAUAACAAACCUGCCAGCUCCUCUGAGCUGUGUUUACUUGAAAUCAAGGAGAAGGUUGUGGUUUGUUGCCUUUUCUAUAGUACGAGACUGGAGUGGAAUUUUUUCUUGUCUUAUGGGGGAGGAAUAAAGCCCUCUGGUGUGAAGUGUCGCAGGGUAAACUUUUCUUAAUAUUAGCAGAACUUUAAUAAAGUAUUUCAUGUUGUUGAUGUUAUGCACGGUGA